AGGGUCCGGGCCAGAGUGUGGCCUGUGCACCGUCCACGGACGCGGGUGCCUUCGGUCCUGGAACAGCCCCCUUCCUGCACCGCGCUCUCAGCGGAGGGAACAGGCGGCCUCGGUGCUGGCAGCAUGAGGAAGUCCCAAGCUCAGCCAAGGUCACUCGGGGCCCAGGGCCCAGGGGCCGCCCACCUGACUCCCCCGAGGGACACCGGGAGCUGAGAGCGCAGAGGCGGAAGUGGGGUCUGCCAGUGAGCGGCGCGAGGGGCCGGGGUGUGUCCCUUCCCCAAUGGAGGCCAGCUCCGGUGAUAGGCCUUGUCCAAUGAAGUCCCUUGGGAGGCGGGGUUGAGGCGAGUGUUGUCCAAUCGGUAGGGUCACCUGAGGGGCCCGCCCUCCUCCCCUGCCAUAGGUGGGCCUCCCGCGUGGGGCGGGGAGAGCGGGCUUCCCCCAAUGGUCGGUGGCCCGGGAGGGGGCGUGGCCACGGCGCCCAGGCUCGCCGCGGCGGCGGCGGCGGCCACUCCGGCCCUCAGUCCAGCCGUCCGCGGCCGCGUUCGCAGCAUGGCCGCCCUGGGGCGGCCGGGCUCGGGGCCGCGCGCUGCGGUGCCCGCUUGGAAGCGCGAGAUCCUGGAGCGGAAGCGGGCUAAGCUAGCCGCGCUGGGCGGGGGCGCGGGGCCCGGGGCAGCGGAGCCCGAGCAGCGGGUGCUGGCCGAGAGCCUGGGCCCGCUGCGCGAGAACCCCUUCAUGCGGCUGGAGGCCGAGCGGCGGCGCGGCGGGGGCGCGGCGGGGGCGCGGCUGCUGGAGCGGUACCGCCGCGUGCCUGGUGUGCGCGCCCUCCGCGCCGACAGCGUCCUCAUCAUCGAGACGGUGCCCGGCUUCCCGCCCGCGCCGCCCGCUCCGGGGGCCGCGCAGAUCCGCGCCGCAGAGGUGCUGGUGUACGGGGCGCCGCCCGGCCGCGUCAGCCGCCUGCUGGAGAGGUUCGACCCGCCCGCUGCGCCGCGCCGCCGUGGGAGCCCCGAGCGCGCCCGCCCCCCGCCGCCGCCGCCACCGCCCGCGCCGCCCCGGCCCCCGCCCUCGGCCCCCAGCCCGCCCGCCGCGCCCGGGCCCCGCGGUGGCGGGGCGAGCGCCGGGGUCCGGCGCAGCAACUUCCUCCAGAAGACCGGCAGCAACUCCUUCACCGUCCACCCCCGGGGUCUGCACCGCGGCGCGGGCGCCCGCCUGCUCUCCAACGGGCCCUCGGCCCCUGAGCCCCGGGCCGGCCCUGCCAACCGCCUCGCGGGCUCCCCGCCUGGGUCGGGACAGUGGAAGCCAAAGGUGGAGUCGGGGGAUCCCUCCCUCCACCCGCCCUCCAGCCCCGGGACCCCGAGUGCCACUCCAGCCUCGCCCCCUGCCAGUGCCACUCCUAGCCAGCGCCAGUGCGUCUCCGCAGCCACCAGCGCCAACGACUCCUUCGAGAUACGGCCGGCCCCCAAGCCAGAUAUGGAGACCAUCCCCUCGGGGGACCUCCAGGCCCGGGCGCUGGCCAGCCUCCGCGCAAACUCUAGAAAUUCCUUCAUGAUCAUCCCCAAGAGCAAGGCCUCUGGGGCCCCUCCUCCUGAGGGGAGGCAGUCCGUGGAGCUGCCAAAGGGAGACCUGGGCCCGGCUUCCCCGAGCCAGGAGCUCGGAUCCCAGUCGGUGCCUGGAGGGGAUGGUGCCCCUGCCCUCGGGAAGAGCCCCCUGGAGGUCGAGGCACAGUGGGCAGUCGAGGAGGGGGCCUGUCCCAGGACAGCCACCGCCCUCGCUGACCGGGCCAUCAGGUGGCAGAGGCCGUCCUCACCGCCCCCCUUCCUGUCGGCUGCUGCGGAAGAAGCUGAGCCUGCUGAAGGCCUCAGGGUUCCUGGCUUGGCCAAGAAUAGCCGGGAAUAUGGGAGGCCGGGGCUGCCUGUCACCUUCAUCGACGAGGUAGACUCAGAGGAGGCCCCCCAAGCAGCCAAACUAGCCUACCCCCCGCACCCUGCCAGGCCUCUGCACUCUGCCAGGCCCGGGUGCAUGGCAGAGCUUCAGCCCCGGGGCAGCAACACCUUCACAGUGGUGCCCAAGAGGAAGCCAGGGACCCUGCAGGACCAGCACUUCAGUCAGGCCAACGGGGAGCCUCGGCCACGGGAGGCCGAGGAGGAGGAGGCUAGUUGUCUCCUGGGGCCCACGCUGAAGAAGCGCUACCCCACCGUGCAUGAGAUCGAGGUGAUUGGCGGCUACCUGGCCCUGCAGAAGUCCUGCCUCACCAAGGCUGGCUCCUCAAGAAAGAAGAUGAAGAUCUCCUUCAACGACAAAAGCCUGCAGACCACAUUUGAGUACCCUUCCGAGAGCUCCCUAGCACGGGAGGAAGAGGUGGACCAGCAGGAGGAGGAGGAGGAGGAGGAAGAGGAAGAGGAAGAGGAGGAAGAGGGAUCUGGCUCAGAGGAGAAGCCCUUUGCACUCUUCCUGCCCCGGGCCACGUUUGUGAGCGGCGUGAGACCCGAUAGCUCUCGGCUGCCAGAGGGUAGCUCAGGCCUGUCCAGCUACACCCCGAAGCACUCUGUGGCCUUCAGCAAGUGGCAGGAGCAGGCGCUGGAGCAGGCCCCGAGGGAGGCAGAGCCCCCGCCCGUGGAGGCCAUGGUGAGCUGCGGGGGAGUGGAGCGCUGGGGGGAGUCUGACACUUGGGCGAGCCCGUGUGUCCACCUUCUGUCCUCUCACUUUCAGCUCACACCCGCCAGUCAGAAUGACCUCUCAGACUUCCGCAGUGAGCCCGCCCUGUAUUUCUGAGCCCAGCACUGCCAGGACCAAGGCUGAGCCCAGCUGUGGGAGUCCCGGAAGCUGGGCAGUAGCCAGGGACUACUGCACCCGCUUCUGCCUUGUUUGGCCUCACUGUAUCCCACCCACCCCUCCUGGCCUUGGAAGCAGCUAGGGUGCCUCCUGCCAUCGGGGCCAGGUCUGGGUCUCACUCCCUGGCCCUGGUUUGGGAGGGUCCAAGCAGGGAGUGGGGUGGGGAACUGCCUGUGGGUGAGGGCCAGGGGCCUGCUGGGUGGUAGCCAUCUGCGACCCGGCAGGGGGCUGUGCAGAUUCUGCACCUGGCCGUUCCCUGUGCUGUCUCCUCAGCCUGCCUCCCAGCGGCCAUGGGGUGUCUGGGGUGAAGGGCUAUCCCAGCUACUUGUCCUCUGCAGGACCCUAAGCCCCUGCCCGCAGCCCACAUGCCCUCUGUGAUGAGUGGCGUCUUUCCUCCCUCUGAUGAUGGACUCAAUAAACAGCACUGGACAAGG